CUUGAUUAAGUUUUAAUUUUCCUCUUGGAUGGAACUGACAGGCUUGUCUGGUUCUGUCACGAACAAGCAUCUCUCUUGCAUUGCUUCCCGUCUAAAUGGUAUCUCCAGUGUGACUCCUGGGACAGGAGUGGAUCUGUGAGAGUGCAUUUUUUUCUCUCCUGAGCUGACUUUUUGAAUCUCUCUGCUGCUCUUUGUUCAGCACAAGGCGGGAACUCCUGUGAUUAUUUAUUGAUUUGAUUUUGUUUCAUUUUUUUUUUUUUCAACUUUGAGGGAUAACACUUCAAAAAGUGAAGAUUGGUAUUUAAUGCAACCUUGUUUUCCUCCUGAACCGCGCUCUUGAUGUUUACAAAGACUGACUGAUGGGGACUCCUCCAAAGCCUUAUCAUGCACAUAAGUAAGACACAAGGCUCAAGUAAGAUAAAGAUGAUCAAAUUGACACAAUUCCUCUGGGGGUUUAUUUUGCUCUGUGUAAUAAACCUCAGCAUCCAGCAAGUGUCCAGUGGCAACCAAAGCUCUCGAGGACAGAGAAGGUCAUCACAGGAGAGGACAGGGACAUGUGAAGUGGUUGCUGCUCAUCGCUGCUGCAAUAAGAACAAGAUUGAAGAGCGCUCUCAAACAGUCAAGUGUUCUUGCUUCCCAGGACAGGUAGCUGGGACAACAAGGGCACUGCCCUCUUGUGUUGAAGCCUCCAUUGUGCUCCAGAAAUGGUGGUGUAGAAUGGAGCCGUGUCUGCAGGGGGAGGAGUGUCGAGUUCUCCCUGACCUCACUGGUUGGUCAUGCAUCUCUGGGAACAAAGUGAAGACCACGAAGGUGGCACGGUAGCAGGAGAAGGUUUCUGCAGAAGACUGCGAUCCUCACCUGACCUGCAGCAGAUAAAUUCAGCAAUAUUGGACCCCUCUCAGACAAUGCAGAGAGAGAAAAAAAAUAUAUAUAUUUAUAUAUCUCCUGGCUGAGCUUAAAACUGCAGAACUCAUUAUUUAAUUUUCAUUUUUCUUUGAAAAUUUUUUUGUGUGUGUGAAUCCCCCAGAGAGAGAAAAGUCUAUUAAAUUUGAGAAGAGAUUAAACGAUGUAGUUUUCCAAUCCAAACAGACAGCCUCUGCUGAAGUCUUUGUUUUUUGUGCUUGAAAUGCUGGGCACAUUGUGAUGCGCUCAAUCAAGGUUUGGACCGAGCGGCUGGCAGACCCUUAAAAAGAGAUUUUGUGGAUUUUUUUUUUUUUUUUUUUUCAGGUGGCAGAAAAGUGAACCUAGUCCGUGGCUCAUGACUCGCGGCUGCUUAAAGCACCAGACCACAAAUACUGAGAAAUUUAUGAUUACACUGUGUAGCAAUUGUAGCUGCUGCUGUCCCCUACUCUUAGCUUCCUAACGAGGUCAGGUCCCUUUAGACUACUCCUUAGCGCAAAAAAAGCACUCUCACUCCCUACACAUCCAAACACACACAAACCCAUGCAAGCAAAAGCAGCUUUUUUUUUUUUUUUACUCCACUGGUCACAGGACGCCACCUGCACAGCUGUGAUGGCAUGCACACAGGCAUGAAGUCCUGACGAAAAAAA